GGUGAUACUAUCGUCUGAAUCACUGCAGUUAGGUCUAGACCCGCGCUUGACAGAGAGUUUGACAGAUAGCAUGGGAUGGGGAUAUCGCGGCCGGUAACGGCCGGUGGCCCUUGCCCGUACUGAGGAGAGCAACGUAUGCUUUCCACCACCCAUGCAAUCCCCAAUGCCCGACCCCGGCGAGACCAUCAGCAACCAAGCGGACGAGCCCAAGGCCCAGCGGGUUUUCAUCUUUCGGGAGGACACAAGCUUCGUCGACUACGUCGGGCCACAGUUCACGUUCGUGGGGGACAUGCACGUUGAAAAUCUGGCUAAGCAAACCCCGCGGAGCCUGGUUGAACUGUCGGCGGCUCUCGCAAGCUCUGCAUACCCGGAGCUCAAGGGAAUGGUUGUAUGGCAAAUCGUCGAAAACGCAACGCCUCUCAACAUCUCCGAUAGGGCCACAUGGAGAGAGAUGGAGUAUAUGUUACUGGAGCAAAGGUCGUGGUCUGUCGCACGAUUUUCAUUAAGGACCGUCGAAGAGACGGUUGUCCAUGCAAGCAUUCCAGCCAUGGGCAGAAUAGACUUCUCAGACGUCAAGAAUCCAUUGAUCGUGUUCUUCAAGAGUCUAGUGUCCGUGCCGGGCCAAGGAGACAAUGCAUGUUGGGAACGCCUCGUAGGGCCAAUCAACACACAUUGUGGCUUGCUCGAAUCUGCAGCGUCGACGUCGACGUCCAUUGCAUCAGAGGUCAAGUGCGUGAACAUACCAUACAUCAGGUAG